CCAACUUUCCAUUUCUGCUGUUAGUAAACCUUUCUCUUAAUUAUCUCUUUCUCUCUCAUAUACAUCAUGGGCAAAUCUGCUUGCUGUGACAAAAAUGGAUUAAAGAAAGGUCCUUGGACUGCAGAGGAAGAUCAGAAGUUGAUGGAUUAUAUUCAAAAACAUGGGCACGGCAGAUGGCGAACCCUUCCAAAGAAUGCAGGACUCAAAAGAUGUGGGAAGAGCUGUAGACUUCGCUGGACUAAUUACCUGAGAUCUGACAUCAAGAGAGGGAAGUUUUCUUUUGAGGAAGAAGAAGCCAUCAUACGGUUGCAUAAUGUUCUGGGAAAUAAGUGGUCUGCAAUUGCUUCUCGCUUGCCUGGGAGAACUGAUAAUGAGAUCAAGAAUUACUGGAAUACCCACAUCAGGAAAAGGCUAUUGAGAAUGGGAAUUGAUCCAGUGACCCACAAUCCACGCGUAGAUCUUCUUCAACUCUACUCAGUUCUCAAUUCAUCUCCCUACAUCUCGUCUCAUCAGAUUGAUAUUUCAAGUUUGCUUGGAAUUGGAUCCAUGUUGAAUCCAAAUCUACUCAAUCCAGCCACCUCUUUCUUUUCAUUUCAAAGCAGCAGCCAAGACGCUAGUCCUGAAAAUGUUCAAGAAAACCAUCUUGACAACUCCCAAGUUCAUCAAAACCAAUUCCAGAGCUUGCAGCCAAGCCAAAUUCAAGCCUGCAUAGACUCAAGUGCCCAAUUUCUAGAUGAAACCCAACUCCUGCAAGCCCAUUUGAAGCAACUUUCUACUAGCCCAGCCAAUUUCAUCUGCCAAAAUUCUUCACAAUGUUCAUGGCAAGAAACUGGAAAUUUUACAACUAUGGGAGAGAGCUUGGUGCCAUAUCAUGAGAUCGGUAACCAAACCUUGAUAAAAAGUUCAUUUGAAAAUCUAUCAAAUUUGGGUUUCAGCUCACUGAUAUCAUCUACACCUUCAUCGAGCACGACUCCAUUGCAAUCUUCGUCAACAACAUAUGUCAAUGGUAGCACAGAAGAUGAAAGGGAUAGUUACUGUAGCAACAUGUUGAUGUUUGAUAUUCCAAAUAGCUUGGAUGUUAAUGGACUCUUGUAAGAUUAGCUUGCAAGUAGGCUAACAUUUGUCUAUGAAAUAUUUUAUUUUAUUUUUGAAUUUUGAUUAUCAUAUGUGGAUACUGAAUUAAUGUAUGAAAUGGUGUAGCAUGCUAUAUUUUUGGUGAUAAAGCAAUCAAAUUAAGUAGCCCAAUUAAAUUUA